CGGAGAUCCAACACAACCGUGAAAUUCUGCCGGUCUUUAUUUUAUCAGGCACAAAGCAAGGAAAUUGACCAUGGCACCGGAGACCAAAAAGAGAAAGGCGGCACCUGCGCCAUCGCAAAUCACCCAGAAAAAGUCUAAGAAGGUGCAACAAACCGCUGCCCCUGCGACCAUCGAGAGAGAAGAAUCCGAGGAGAUCAAGAUUGCUUCGCCGCCACCUGCUGAAGAUGUCGAUGCCUCAGAAUCAGAUGCGCAGAGUGAUGAGGAAGAAGAUCAGACCGAGGCCCUUCUAAAGGGGUUUGAAAGCAGCGACGAAGAAGAUAGAUCCGAUGACGAGGGCUUUGAACAAGGUCAAAACGUACCGGCAAUUCCAAACGAUAAAAAGCUGCGCAAGAAGCUCAAGAGCGCGGAGAAAGGAAAGCCCGAGGAGACCGGUGUUGUCUACGUUGGCCGAAUUCCUCAUGGUUUUUACGAGCAUGAAAUGCGGGAAUAUUUCUCACAGUUCGGCGCUAUCCACAGACUACGUCUCUCGCGAAACCGGAAGACUGGCAAGAGCAAGCACUAUGCGUUUGUUGAAUUUGAGUCCGGAGAUGUUGCUCGCAUUGUUGCUGACACCAUGAACAAUUACCUGAUGUUCGGGCACAUUUUGAAGUGCAAAGUCGUCCCCAAAGAGCAAAUUCAUGAAAGCCUAUGGAAGGGAGCAAACAAGCGAUUCAAGAGAGUUCCUUGGAACAAACUUGAGGGCAGGAAGCUGAACCUUGCAAAGACUCGGGAGCAUUGGGAUAAGCGGGUAGCGGGCGAGGAGAAGAAGAGACAAACCAGAGCGGCAAAGCUUAAGGAAAUCGGAUAUGACUUCACCGCUCCGGAGCUGAAGUCCAUCGAAACCGUCCCGAAAAAGGAAGCUCAGGCUCUUGAAGGAUCUUCCGAGGCGAAGCUUCUCGAGCAACCAGAGACUACGGUCGACGAGACGACAGCCGUUGUGGAGAAAGAAGAGCCAAACAAGGUGGUGGUGACGGAGGUGAACAAAACGAAAAAGGGCAAAAAGGGAACGACCAGCGAAACCUCUGUGAUUGCAGAGAAGCCUGCAGAGGCAGAGACCAAGUCUCAGCAAAUUGAGACGGAAGCCUCAAAAAAGAAAGACGAUGAGGCUAAGCAGGAUGGCAAGAAGGAAACCAAGAGGACGAAGCAGCAAGGAGGCAAGCCUAAAGCAUCCAAGAAGAAGAAGACUGCUGCGUAGAUGAAUACCUUUGCUUUAUACGUAUAUAUGUUUCAAUUGGUUAGGAUAUUAGCUCUUCACUUUAGGUAAUCAAUC